UAGACAGGAACUGACACAUUCUUUCCUAUGGUAAAUGGCCUGAGUGAGCCAUCUUCAUUUAUCCAACGUCUUUGGAUAUACACAGACUGGCGGAGUGGAGCGAGAAACGACUGUUGCGCUGUCCCGUGAAGAGAUCCCGCCAUGCGUGAAUACAAGCUAGUGGUGCUAGGCUCGGGAGGCGUGGGCAAGUCCGCUCUGACAGUCCAGUUUGUGCAGGGAAUCUUUGUGGAAAAGUAUGACCCAACAAUAGAAGACUCCUACAGAAAGCAAGUGGAGGUAGAUGGACAGCAGUGCAUGCUUGAAAUCCUUGACACAGCCGGCACAGAGCAGUUCACUGCCAUGAGAGAUCUGUACAUGAAGAACGGUCAGGGCUUUGCCCUGGUAUACUCCAUCACAGCACAGUCCACGUUCAACGACCUGCAGGACCUGAGGGAACAGAUCUUGAGAGUCAAGGACACUGAAGAUGUGCCUAUGAUCCUGGUGGGUAAUAAGUGUGACCUGGAGGAUGAGCGGGUGGUGGGCAAGGAGCAGGGUCAGAACCUGGCCAGACAGUGGAACCACUGUGCCUUUUUAGAGUCCUCCGCAAAGUCAAAGAUCAACGUCCUCGACAUCUUCUACGACUUGGUCAGACAGAUAAAUAGUAAAACGCCUGUGGAAAAGAAGAAAGCGAAAAAGAAAUCAAACUGUGUCCUGCUCUAAAGGUCCCCUCCACCCUGCAGCAGCUCUGAGCCAGUCCCACAGUGAGGGGUCCCAGCCAGUCCAGCAGCCCCCAGGCAGUGUCUGUCCCCUCUGUCCUCGGCCGGCCACGCCGCCAAGAGCACUGGACUGGCACUAACGGGAUUACAGACCCACAGUUCAGACUACAGGAGCUGCCAGGCUGGGGUAGAACAGCAGAGCUGGGAGGGCGGUGUCAGGCCCCGUAGCUCUCAGGCUGGUCUGAAAAAAAUACAUAAAUACAGUUAUCCAUACCUACCGUAGGUGUUUAAAUCUGGUGGAAUUGGAUUGGAGUGAGCAAUAUGGUAAUGUCUCUGAUGGGCUUGGGGAACAUCUGCCAUAUUUCCUGUUCCUCUCUGGUCCCUUCAGUUCUGAAUGCUUAGGGCAGUUGUCUUCAUGUCCCUCUACUCACUAACACCUAGCCCAGCUUCUUUACCAAGCUUGCCUUGCCUCCACGCCUAAUGGACUAUAUAGCCUCGUUAUUGUUAUUUCCUUUUUUUAUUUAGCACUUUUUUCUCACUUUUUAACUCUGCAUUGUUGGGAAAGGGCAGGUAACUAAGCAUUUCACUGUAAAGUCUACACCUGUUGUGUUCGGCGCAUGUAAAACUAGAUUUGAAUGAAAAGCAGAAAUAUGCACUGCACCAACUGGCCAGGAGAGGGCAGCACUUCAAAUCAAAUCACAUUUUAUUGGUCACACAUACUUAGCUGAUUUUAUUGCUGGUGGAGUGAAAUGCUUGUGUUCCUAGCUUCAACAGUACUGUAGUAUCUAACAAUACAUACAAAUAUAAAAGUAUAAGAAUGGAAUUAAGAAGUAUAUAAAUAUUAGGACGAGCAAUGUUGGGAGUGGCAUUGACAAAAAUAUAGUAGAAUAGAAUAAAGUAUAUACAUAUGAAACGAGUAAAGCAGUAUGUAAACAUUUCUUAAAGUGACUAGUGUUCCAUUAUUAAGGUGACCAGUUCCAGUUCAAUUUCCUUGAAUGAAAUUGAAGGUUUUAUGUACUCCAUUAAUCCUCUCUC